AUGAAGCCAUGCGCACAAGUUCUUGUAGUGCCCGUGUUAAAUGAUAAUUUCUCUUAUGUGAUAAUUGAUGAGAAAACUAAAAAGGCAGCUUCUAUAGACCCAGUAGAACCAGAAAAGGUUUUAAAAAGAAUAGAACAAACCGAUGUUGAAUUAGAAUAUGUUUUAUGCACACAUCAUCAUUAUGAUCAUUCAGGUGGAAAUAUUCGAAUGAGAGAAUUAAAACAAAAUAUCAAAGUGGUAGGAUCAGCAUAUGAACCAACACCAGGAGUAAAUGAGAAAGUAUACGACGGACAAAUUAUACGUUUAGGCGAAUUGAACAUAAAAGCUAUUCAUGCACCUUGUCAUACCAAGGGACACAUUUUAUAUUAUGUAUAUAAAACUGAUGAAGCAAAACAAGAAGAUCAUGAAUACAAACCAAUAUUAUUUACUGGGGAUACAUUAUUUAUAGCUGGAUGUGGAAGAUUUUUUGAAGGAAGUGCAAGGGAUAUGUUUAGAAAUAUUGAAAAAGUAAAAAACAUGAGAAAAGAAACAUUAAUAUAUUGCGGACAUGAGUAUACUCUUAAUAAUUUAAGAUUCGCAUUGAGCAUCGAAAAUGACAAUGAAUAUAUGAAAAAUAAACUAAAUGAAGUUACAGAAAAACUUAAAAAAAAAGAACAUUCUGUACCUUCAACAAUUGAAGACGAAAAUUUAAUCAAUCCAUUUUUUAGAACGCAUUGUUAUAUUGAUAAGUUUAAUAUGAAUGAUGAAAUAAAAAUAUUAGAUAAAUUAAGACAAUUAAAAAAUAAUUUUUAA